AACACCGCCGUGCCUGAGAGGAAAAGCUGGCAGCCGGGCAACCCUGCCCGGGGCUGGCGCAAAAAUCGCCACGCUAACAGUAGUUGUACGAUGACUAGUAAUGCAGCAGAGGAGAAUGGAGUCGAAACGGUUCGGACGCUAUUGUGCAAAGACGGUGCUUCCUUCAACAGGAUCCGCCCUGAUGUCGUGGACCCUGAGCACCCGGCACAUCAGCAAACCGUCGCAAUCGUUGCGACGACGCCUAGGCUGCGAGGAGCACUGCUAGCAUGUCCUUCGUCUCCGCGGCCGCGGCCGAGGGAGUCCAAUCUCAUUUGGCAACCGCUGCUCGUCAAGAAGAGGUCCAGAGCUCGGAGCGCGCGAGGCAGCGCGAAAUUGCAGCCUACCUCUCCGCAGCCUCCUUUCCCUCGAACCUGGAUGUUGCUUUUCAGCCGACGCCGCUUCUCAAUCCCGAUCCCAUCCUCAACGGCCUCGCCCAACUCGGCGCCCAUCGUUUGGGGUGUAACCGUGCCUUCAUCUCCCUGAUUGACCGCCAGUAUCAGUAUGUGGUGUGCGAAAUUACGAGAUCCCAUUCCCUGGCCGAGAUCAAGAGCGAUCCGGACGAUUACAUCUUCGUGGGCAUGUGCAAGUUGAACUGCUACGAUGGAAUCUGUCCCGCUACGAUGAAGGCGUUCAUGGACGAGACCGGGGAAUGGGUGCGGUCCGGGCCGGAUGUCAUCGCCAACAGGACCCGGUACAUCAUCAACAAUUUCAAGACGCACCCCGACUACAAGGAUCUUCCUUACGUGACUGGCUAUCCGCACUUCACGUCGUAUCUGGAAGUCCCGUUAGUAUCCCCGCUGGGCUACAUCCUGGGGAGCUAUUGCGUCGUCGACGACAAGUACAAUGACUUCGACAAGGACGAAAUCGUCGCCGAUUUGAGCGAGCUAGCUGCCACCAUUAUGUCCCACCUCGAAAACACCAGGUUAAAACAGAGCCGGAACCGAUCUGAGCACCUGAUCCAAGGAUUGACCGAUUUCAUUCGCCACGAGCCGCUGGUCCACGGCGAACAACCGUCUCAACACGCCAUCCCGCCAGCGGGGCCAAAGGAGCGGAAUGGGGAGAAUGACUUCGAUGAUAGUAUGGAGUGUCCGUCACCCAACGACGUUAUUUCGCCGUCAUUGGCGGAGUCCGCAUAUUACCCAGUGUCACUCUCUUCUGCCCCCCAGCAAGGCGGCUCCGAAACCCCUCCCACCACGCCACGAGAUGAGCUCGGCCAAAACGUGAUCGAGCAACACCUCGUCGCGGGAACCGUCCAGGCAGAUGCGAAUGAUGUCUCUUCUCACCCCGCGGCCCUGCCUUCCGAUGUUCCAUCAGAGCCGCGGGGCUUUAUCAGUUCGGCCAACAUCAAAACAACCUUCUUCAGGGCCGCGGCUAUGAUUAGACGCACCAUGGAUAUGGAUGGUCUGAUGCUGCUCGAUGCUGUGCCCAGCUUCUAUGUGGAUAGGCCCGACCAGCCAUCGCAUGACUCCCCAAGCUGGCCAUCGCACGAGCAGGCGGAAGGGCCGUUUUGCGCGGCAAUCGUCAAGUCCACUCUUGGCGCGGGAGGCGAGUCCGUCACCCACGCGACCCAGACCCAGCUUCCCGAGCUGUCGCUGCAGAGGUUCAUUCGAGCGUAUCCCGAAGGCCAUAUAUUCACUGCCGACGAGCUCGGCCCGAUCGACGACAGCUACGGCGUUGGGAAGCGGUUCCAGUCCAAGGCCGAAGUGGACCAGGAGAGUUUACGUCUGAGAAGCGAUAUCGCCGCGCUGUUUCGUAUCGUCCCCGCCGCCAAAUACGUCAUCUUCCUCCCCUUGUGGCACUUCCAGCGAGAGUGUUGGUACGCUGCGGCACUUGGUUGGGUUGAGGACCCAUCGCGUGCUUUCGAUGUCACAGACGUCGGUCUGGUCCGAGUAUUUGGCAACUCCGUCAUGGCCGAAGUGUCGCGGUUGGAAGCACUGGCUGCAAGCCGCGCCAAAUCCGAUUUUGUCUCAUCGCUCAGCCACGAGCUGCGGAGCCCGCUUCACGGCAUCAUGGCGACCAGCGAGUUGCUCCGCGAUGAGUUAUCAGACCGCUCCCUUCUGUCGACUCUUGAUAUGCUCGAAUCCUGUGCCACGACUCUACUCGAUACGUUCAACAACCUGCUCGAUCAUGCCACUGCUACCCAUGCUGGCCGCGACCGCGGCCCUGGAAGAUCGCUGAUAUCGGAAGUGAAGGAGGUUGACCUAGGAGCUCUGGUGGAGGACGUCGUCGAGACCGUCAGAGUCGGGCACCUAUCCGGUGAUGUCCUGUAUACGCAGACAUCGCUGAAAUAUCGAAGAAACACGAACCCCCCUGCGCUCGCCGCUGCGGGGCAGAGCCGGCCGGAUCAGCCGCUACUCAUUGCGAUAUAUAUUGCAAAACACCACUGGAAGCUCCCCGUCAGUGUCGGUGCCUGGAAGCGGAUCGUCAUGAACAUUAUGGGAAAUGCUCUCAAGUACACCAGCUCCGGCCGCAUCGAGGUGGGCUUGAAGGUAGUAAAGAGGACUGAUAAGGCAGGCAACGCCUCGGACUACAUUUCGUUCACGGUGGAGGACACUGGGUCAGGCAUGAGUUCGGAUUUUCUGAAAUACCAUCUAUUCACGCCCUUCCACCAGGAAGACAGCCAUGCCCCCGGCCUAGGCUUGGGUCUCAGCAUUGUACAGCAGCUUGUCAGCGAGUUGGGUGGCACUGUCGCAGUCAAGAGCUCCUUGGGCAUCGGUACUCUUGUCGAGGUUUUGGUUCCUUUGGGCAAAGAUAUUUCCGGCUCCGCCACCGCCACCGUUCCGACGCAGCCAGCCGCCAUACCGCACGACCAGCACUCUUCGGAUGAGUUUGGACUUGGCGGGCGGACGGUAUGUCUCAUCGGCCCUGACGCCUAUGCAACCAUCAUUGCGGCAGAUCUCGAAAUUACCGACCAGGCCCGGAACUGGUCAACAACGGUGGAGAAAGCUAUCAGACUCAAUGCCGAGAAUUCUCUCGGAAUGCACGUCGUCGUUGGAACCAAGGACUGUCCGAUCCCAGAGGCAGAUAUUUACGUUCUGGAUUGCAAUCUCGUCAACGAGACAGACAAGCGAAGUCACGACACCAGGAUGUCGGCAUUGCAGGCACGUGCCGCGCCUUUGGUAUUACUGUGUUCGGGAUCAGGGCCAUCCUCAUGCGUCAAGCGCCAGAUCACGAAAGACCAUGGUAUCCACUUGCACCAUCCCAUCGGUCCCAAAAAGCUCGCCUCGGUCCUCCGAUCGGCCUUGAAGGCAAAAGCCAACGGUGGCACGGUUCAGAGGAAACUAACUGCACAAGAAAACGGAGCAGCAGCACUCUCGUUACCCGGAGGAUUGCCAACGAUCCAGGACAUACUCUCACCCCCACCAUUGCUGACGCCAAGCCUGGAGGGACCGCCGUCGUCCCCGUUCGUUCCUAUUAUGUCCGUGGUGUCACCUUUUGCUCCUAAUACCUCAACUCCAUCCGAAACAUUGCCGACCCGGAGCCUGCCGGAGCGGCCAGUAUCACCGCGUUCUAAGACGCUAUCCACAUCAGAACAAUCGGAGGCGACACAACCUCCACAGGCAAAUGCCGUAUCGCAGUCACAGAUGCAGGCCACAAGAAGACAGCAUCUCCUCCUUGUGGACGACAACCCCAUCAACAUCAAGCUGCUUACGCAGUUGGUACGGAAGCUGAACCACACGUUUGCGACGGCGAACGACGGGCGAGAAGCAGUACAACAAUACAAAAGCUCAGUGGAGGGUGGGCAAGGAUCCCGCUUCGAUCUGGUAUUCAUGGACAUCAACAUGCCCGUGAUGAAUGGAUUCGAGGCCACCAGGGAGAUCAGGCGGUUGGAGACCGAGGCCCAGGUGAGCAGAUGCAAGGUCAUCGCACUGACGGGUCUGAGCAGUGAAGUCAGCAAGAGCGAGGCCUCUGCGAGCGGGCUCGACAUGUUCUUGACAAAGCCUGUUAAGAUGUCUAUGCUCAAGGCUAUCUUGGAAGAGAAGCAGAAAAGCGAAGAAGGGGUGGGCGGCUGAGUUUUUACCUCCGUCAGGACUCAAAGCGUCCAUUGUUUUCAUAUACUAUGGUAUGACCGUUCUAUGGUCUGCAGGAAUGCCCGCCUAGCUCCAUCCGAGGCACUUCAUUGUGAUGAUGAAGGUGCCCGGAGUUGGAGGUGCUAUUGAUGUGCGGCCCGCUGCUUCUAAGGCAGCUGAGGAUGAGAUACCCCAACGUGCCGCUGACUUCACAGGGG